CUCAUAAUAACCAAAGUUUUAUAAAUAAUCCUCUCAUGCGCAGCUAAGUGUGUCUCCUGCAACACCUGAAUUCUAACAGACUGCGUCUCUCUUGUUGACCAUAAAUUACCACACAAAACACUGCCAUUCGAAUUCUCUUUCUCUGUUUCUCUCCUCCAUGGGAUCACAACACCAAAAGAUAAACAAUACACCAAGGAUGACCCCAGAAAGAACUUGCUUCACCCCUUUUUGUUUUUUCUGCUCUAUGAAUGAGACAGUCCCAUCUACCAGAAGAGCAAAAAUCGCCCGAUGCUUCAAACAAAUGCCCCUCGCAGAUGAUCAAGAACAUGUCUUGGUCUUAAGUGGCCUCUUCAACAUCGCUCUCAAUCAACCUGACGACCCAGAAUUUCCAUCCCUUGGCAUAUUUGAAUGCAUGGCAAAGCUUAUCCUGAGAGGCAUAAACGACAAAGAAUGGCUCCGUAGAGAUCAGAACGUUUAUAUUCCAUACUAUGCUGCGCAUAUAAUCGGUUCAUAUACCAUGAACAAGGUUCAUUUCGCUGAAAAAGCUAUUAAAUCAGGUGUAGUUUUGCCGUUAAUGGAGCUUUUAAGAGGUAAGAUGAGUUGGGUGGAGCAACGAGUUGCAGUUCGUGCACUGGGUCACCUAGCCAGCCAUGAAAGAACCUUUGAAGCUGUUGCCUUGCAUGAAGUAGAGAUCAUAGAAUUGGCAAAGGAAAUAGCUUGCAACUGCUUUCAAGAGGUGUAUGAAAAGUUUCUGAGCCUGAAAGAAAAGAAGAGAGUGAGGUAUCACUGUGAUUUGCUCACAAAAGGGCUUGGAGGGUUGGAGUUAGAGAACAGAAAGGUUGAAGAAUGGGCUAGUCAACUUCAAUGUUGGUCUCUCCAUCUCUUGAACUGCUUUGCAUGCAAAGAAAGGUCUCUCAAUCUCAUCUGCUGUAAAGAGUUCUUGAAAAUCGCGUGUAACUUAUGGGGCGGUUUGGCUAAUCACAGGUCACCUGCGGGUAUUGGGCUGAUAAGAACACUUUGUCACACCCAAAAAGGAAGAGAAAGGGUAGCCAGAUUGAAAAAAGUAAUAGAGAAUCUUUGCAAUGUGUCAAGAUCUUCAGAUGAUUGGCAGUACUUGGCCAUUGAUUGUCUUUUGCUACUUCUCAAAGACCCAGUUACAAGAUAUCAAGUUAUAGACUUUGUAGCUUUGUUUCUUGUUGAUUUAGUUGAACUUAAAACCCUCAGAAGAGGACAAAUAGUUGGGGAAGCAAUCACACAGACACUCUUACAAGAUUACCAUAAAAUCAAAUACGGUAACUUGAAGUUAAAGAGCAAGAAAGCUGAAAGAGCAGUGGAGGAAGUUUGGGAUUUGAAGGUGGAAAAAAGAAAGAAAGAGAAGCUCAUGCCAGAACAAGAUUUGAAAGAGAAACAACUCUUAGUAGGUAAGUUGAAGCAAGAAGGUAACGAGGAGUUCUGGUCUGGUUACAUUGAAAAGGCUGCGAAAAAGUAUACGGAGGCUUUGGAUUUAUGCACAGUCUUGAAGAUGAGGAAAGAGAGGGUUGUUCUUUAUAGCAAUAGAGCUCAGUGUUAUUUGUUGCUAAAGAAGGCAGAAGCUGCCAUUAGUGACACAACAAGAGCAAUAUGUUUAUCCAGUGAGUUGAGGUCUCACAGUAAGAGUUUGUGGAGAAGAUCACAGGCGUAUGACAUGAAAGGAUUAGCCAAAGAGAGCUUGGUGGAUUGCUUAACCUUCAUCAGUAGUCGCAUGAAAUCUAAACAUCCCAAAACCAAGCCGGUCAAGAUCCCAUACUACGCGGCACAUAUGAUCAACAAGCAGAUGAAUGCCACGUGUCCUUUCAACGGUGCCAAUUCUAAGACGUAUAAUAGAGACAAAGAAAAAGUAGAACAAUCCAACGGACAAGAGCAAGACCUCGACAAGGACAUGGCGAUUCACAAAAAGAAUGCUCCGGGUUUGCCCACCAAUUCCAGUAUUGAAGAAUUGUUGAUUGAGAAUGGCUGGAAAAGAAGAAAGGCCGAAAGGGCAGGACGACGAAGGAAAAAAGGAAUUAGAGUGGCUGUGGAUUCACACAAAUCAGAAUGUAAAGAUUUUCCAUAAAAUAUAAAUAGUUUUGCAUUUACGAUAACAGUAUUUGAA